AGGCAGACCAGCCCACCGCAGCUGCUGAGCCGGCGAGUGAGGAAAAACCACCGAGGCUGAGUUCCUGGUUCCCGCAGCUGAUCUGAUGGUCCUGCUGGUUUCGGUCUGACAGUUGCUUAAAACCUGAUGUUUGUGCGGCUGUUCACCUGCAGAGCCAUAAUAAAACCUCACCUGUAUGCCCACCUGAGGAAACCCUGGGGCAGCCAAGACAUGGCCAGACCCAGUUCAGACCUGGCAGCAUUCAGGGAGAUUUUCUCCAAAGCCAGGAAUAUAGCCAUCAUCACUGGGGCAGGGGUGAGUGCUGAGAGCGGAGUCCCCACCUUCAGAGGUGCAGGAGGCUACUGGAGGAAAUGGCAAGCACAGGAACUCGCCACGCCAGAGGCCUUUGCUCGGAACCCCUCGCGUGUCUGGGAGUUUUAUCACUACCGCCGUGAGGUCAUGCUCACAAAAAACCCCAACCCCGCUCACCUGGCCAUCUCCGAGUGUGAGGAGCGACUCUCCAAACAGGGGCGUAAGGUCACCGUCAUAACCCAGAACAUCGACGAGCUGCAUCGCCGCGCUGGAUCCAAAAACAUGCUGGAGAUCCACGGCAGUCUGUUUAAAACCCGCUGUAUGAGCUGUGGUCAUGAAGCUGCCAAUUGCAAGAGCCCCAUCUGUGCUGCCCUGGAGGGUAAAGGAGCUCCAGACCCAGACGCACAUGAUGCCCAGAUCCCUGUUCAGCAGCUGCCCAGGUGUGAGCAGACAGGUUGCCAUGGUCUCCUGAGACCAGCUGUGGUUUGGUUUGGAGAGACUCUGGACUCGGACAUCCUCACCCAAGCAGAGAAAGUUCUGGACAGCUGUGACCUCUGUCUUGUGGUUGGUACUUCAUCCGUCGUGUAUCCAGCAGCCAUGUUCGCUCCUCAGGUGGCAGCCAGAGGUGUCCCUGUGGCCGAAUUUAACAUGGAGGACACACCGGCCACCAUGCGCUUCAAGUUCCACUUCCACGGCCCCUGUGGGACCACGUUACCCCCCGCACUGGCACGCCACGAGACUGAGAAGUGAAAAAUAAGUCCAGCUGUACACAGACCAGAGUGUAUAACACUGGAGGACUUCAUUGGUACAAAUACCAUGAACAAUGGGUACCCAGCAUCAAUGGUGUGGGGACGGACAAAGGGUUCAUGACAAAUAUGAGGAGGGAAACUGUUUUAAGCUGUCUAACAGAUAAUAUGCACAAAAAAAAGAAUAAAACCUUAUGAUCAAUGGUUUUUCAUCAACAGGAUUUUAGGUUGUUUCACGCUGAUGGAGUGGUUUUCACUAUUUUUUUUCUUUAGCAUGUGAUGCAAAAAACUGAUUUAAUUGCUGUCAAAGGAUUUUUUUUUUAUUUAUAUUGCUCUGAUGCCAAAUCAGACUGAUCCUCUGAGCUGACAACAGUUAGCUGCAAUUGUUAAAUGUAAUUUGUCAAAUAACAAACUAUUCUGUUCAAACAGCUGAAAAAAGACAAUGAAGCAAAUAAGAAGCACUGACUUCUGAUGAAAUGCUGAGCCACCACAGGCAGAAAAAAACUUUAUCACUGUUGCAUUAAAUGCAUUAAAACUUGGAUGUCAGACAGUAGGGGGCAGUGUUUAGCUGCUGAUGUGGAGGCUGCCACCUUUCAGUUUGGAGGAAAAAUUGUUUCCUUCCCAAGGAUCUGUGGGCUCUGCCUGGGAUGUGUGGUGUGUUUGUGUCAGUUCAGUGUUUGUCUGAGUUUAUAGGCCGUGAUGACGCCUUUCAGAGGCCGUGUGUCGGCUCCGGUUAAACCAGGGCAAGCCAGUGACUGUGCCAGUCAUGAGGAAAGACUUUGUUACAUGUAUGUAAAGGUUUGGACAGGACUGGAACAGAUUACUGAAGUCCACUGACAAUAAAGGAGUACUCUU